AAGAGGCUGGGUGCCCUUCCACAGCCAUGGAUGCCCGAGCGCUCACCUGGGCACUGAUACUUGUGGGCCCGGCCCUGGCCCUUGCUCUGCAUCCUAUACCCACCCAGGAGGCUCCAGAGAAGCUGUGCGGCCAUCACUUCGUGCGUGCUCUGGUGCGAUUAUGUGGUGGCCCGCGCUGGUCCUCUGAGGAUAGGCGGCCUGUGGCUGGUGGUGACCGUGAGCUACUGCAGUGGCUGGAAGGACAACAUCUCCUCCAUGGACUGGCAGCUGAUAGAGAACCCGCACUGGCUCCUGCCCCACAGCCCCUGCCCAGGGCCUCACGUCAUGGUCGCAGGCGCCGGCAGGUAGUUAUCAGCAACCCUGCCCACCAAUGCUGCCUCCAUGGCUGUACCCGGCAGAAGCUACUGUCCCUCUGUCCUCACUGAAUCCAUGUGGUGCAUGGCUUUGGGGAACCUGAGACCCAGAGGGGACUGGCCUGGCAGGCUCCUGAGGCCACACAGCACCAUAAAGCCAGAUGUCUGGAGGGACAUUGCUCAUUACCUCCCUCCAUGCCACCUGCCUGCCCUCUGUGGGGCCAACUGGGGAAAAAUUGUACCCCAAUGCCAGCUUGAAGGAUCCUUGGUUUUUAGAUCUUAGAUCCCAAGAUCCAAAUGUCCUCAUCUCAGAGGAGUCCCAGGCACCACCCUCCCUGAAUUUGUGAUCAUUCCUCAAUAGUAAAAGAAUAAAGGUCCUGCAGAAUCUGAAGCAGCUGUCUGCAGUUUGUACAGAAAA